CUGCAGCUUUGGCAGUGUCUCCUUUUCUUCCACCAAGUUGUCCUCCUCUUCUUCUUCCUCCUCUCAGUAGGCUGUGAACCGCGAAAACCACCAAGAUGUCUGAGAAAAAGAUGACUUCCAGCCGCAGGCAUCACCUAAAGAGCCUGAUCCUUCAGAUUGCUCAGAACUGGCUCGAUCAGGAAAAGAAGGACAUGGAGGUAGCAAAGGAGGCCUACAUGGCUGAACACUGUCCUGCCCCGGACCUGAGCGGAGACCAGGCUGCCCUGAUGGAAAUCUGCAAGAAGCUCCACGCCCUUAUCGACAAGAUUGAUGAGGAGCGGUACGACAUUGAGGCUAAAGUGAGCAAAGCCAACAAAGAGAUUGAAGAUCUGAAUAUCAAAGUGGUGGACCUGAGAGGAGUAAAGAAACCUGCUCUGAAGAAAGUUCGUAUGUCCGCUGACACCAUGCUGAAAGCUCUGCUGGGCUCCAAACAUACAGUCAACAUGGACCUGAGGUCCAAUCUCAAGCAGGUCAAGAAGGAGGUCAAAGAGGAGCCAACAGAAGCUGUGGGCGACUGGCGUAAGAACAUUGAGGACAAGGCUGACAGGAAGAAGAUGUUCGAGACUUCCUGAACAUCUUUCUGUUUAUGUGAAGUCCACAUGUCUUAAAUGUGAUGGUUGUUUUAUGUUCUUGUGACUUUACUCAGGGCUGAGCAAGUCAGCGUGUCAUGUGACAGGAAGUUAUUGCUGUUUGUCUGCAGGGGGAAGUGGUGUGGAGAUUCUGUGCAGUCUUAAACUCCACACAUUUAUGGAAAGAUUCACAUUAUUGAAACAAUAAAGUCAAUAAAACUAAAAACUG